UCUGUAGUUCGUGGGUGGUGAUCAUUGAAAUGGGAACAAAAUUAUGUGUUGCCUUUUUCCUAGUUUUUAAUAUUUGUGAAUGUCGUCAAUACCGCUAUGAUUAUAAAUUCGUGACGGAAGUUGACGGUUGGAUAAAAUUACACCAAGUUCCUGCUACCUGGGAUGAAGCCAGGUUAAGAUGCCAACUAGAAGGAGCAAUACUGUGUUCACCAAAUACAAUUAACCUAGUGGAGGUAAUGAAAUUGACCAUGAAAAAUACUAGGGCUGAGAUAUCCGGUGUGUUUACAGGCACACACGCAAAAUUCUCCAAAGGAGACUUUCAUUCAGUUGAUGGUGUUCCCCUAGACAAGAUGCCGGUUCAGUGGAUGCCAAUGGAGCCAGACAAUGAGAAAAAUAAUGAGAGCUGUAUCGUGAUGGUUAGAAAUGGUACCAUAGCUGAUAUCAACUGUGACGAGGUGUUUCCAUAUAUUUGCUACAGAAAACGUUCAGAAAAAGUUAUUUUAACUGAAUGUGGGACUGUUGAUACAGGAUACCUACUGAAUUCAAAAACUGGAAGUUGUUACAAGUUUCACUUAGAUAAACGAAAUUGGACGCGUGCAUUCAUGACGUGUGCAGCUGAGGGUGGACAUCUAGCUAUCAUCAACAGUAAAAAAGAAGCCGAUCUAUUAAAGAACCUCUGCGAGAUGCAGGCACCUGGCAGUAUUCAAUUUAACACUAUCUUCAUGGGGUUCCACGAUUGGGGAGAACGCGGUGUUUGGACAACCAUACAUGGUCAAACGUUACAAGAGGCUGGGUAUGAUGUGUUUGAAACAGGUCAACCAGAUUCAGCGUUUCCAGGCGAGUACUGUGGAUCAAUGUUCACGUCUUCGACAUUGAAUGACGUGUGGUGUGAUAAAAGUUUUUCUUUCAUCUGUGAAAAGACUGUUGAGAGUUUACUGGAUUUCAAUGAUUAUGAUUAGUUUAAUUUGUGUCUCUUUUAUUUGUAUUACAUAAUAAUAAUGUUUUUUUCUAUGAAGUUUCACAUAUUAUAAAAAAACAAAUUUAAUAACUCAACGGUGGACAUUGAUAUGUUCGCUUGGAGUGUGGAGGCAGCAAGGAGAGCUCUGGUACAAAAUUAUUUUAACUAGGAUGAAUGAAAUGUAUUGACUUCAUUUUCAUUUUCAUUGUCAAUAAAUUGAAUUCUGUUUUUCUGUUUA